CUGACGUUGAGAGGUUUUACAGCUACCAACCAUUUACUUGAAGAAAGUACAGCAGUGACCUGACAAAUUGGGAGGCAGUGAAUGACAGUAAUACACACCUUCCACAUCCAUUUUCUUGGAUACGCACAAUGAAUUCCGGCCGGAAAUCAAAUCCCGGUGCGGGGAUCGACACUUAAAUACUCACCACCCAGCACUGCUCUUCUACGAGCUGUCCAGGAACACGACUUUACCCUUCCACUUCACAUCAGAGCACUACCACAAUGCUGUCGAACAAGCAAGCAAUAGGUACCCUCUCGUUGGGACAGCAUCCCUCACAUACACUCGAGCAAAAGAUCCGCGUUGCCUCAAAGUACGGCUACACUGCGGUCGAAGUGGUCUAUUCCGACUUGGAGAGGUACUCGAGUCUCCUGGGCAUAUCGAUACAAGAAGCAGCCGAAAAAACAAAGACCCUGUGUUCUGACAAUGGAGUCGAAGUCCUAUCAUUAGCUGCGUUCGAAAACUUUGAAGGCAGCCGCUCGCCAUUGCAUGAGCGGCUAUCCCUCGCCAAACACUGGAUAGACCUUGCACGAAAGCUGAAUGCGCCAUACGUUCAGGUCCCCGCCCAGUAUGGCCAGGACGUCAGCACGGACAAGACCGUCAUUGUCUCCGAACUGCAGCAAUUGGCAGAUUUGGCGAGUGCCGACGAACCAAUUAUCUCGAUCGCAUAUGAGCCGAUGUCCUGGAGUACAUACUGUUCAACUUGGGACACGGCGUUGGAGCUCGUGGAGGCUAUCGAUCGCAAGAACUUCGGCCUGUGUCUCGACACGUUCCAUGAAGCCACCAAGCUAUGGGGCAGUCCCUUUGAGCCAUCCGGGAAGUAUCCAACCGCAGAUAGGGACCUGAGCGAGUCUCUGGAUCGGUUUCUCAAGAAAUGCCCGCUGGAGAGGAUCUUUUAUAUCCAGUUAUCGGACGGCGAGCUCUUCGAUCCACCGUACUCAAAGACACAUCCGUGGCAUCUGGAGGGUGAAGCACCGCAGUUCACCUGGUCUAAACAUGCCAGACCGUUCCCACUUGAGACUGAGCUCGGAGGCUACUUGCCCGUGCUAGAAAUUGUAAACGCAUGGGUAAUCGGGAAGGGUUACACUGGUUGGAUCUCCAUGGAAGUGUUUGACCGGCGAAUGCGCAGUCCGAGCUUCAAGCCAGAGGAGGCUGGCAAGAGGGCGAGAGAGUCGUGGAGAAAGUUGCAGGAAGGCCUACAUUCUGGAAGCCCGAAGAUCUGAUCUUCAACUAAGCGUAUUAGUUAGCUCCUGUGGUUUCUCACUAGCAAUGUAACCGUCGUGAACCCCAUCAGGCCUCGGAGAUAGGACCCUGGCGUAGACCGGAUGAAGGAAUUAUCGCCGAGGAGGGCUUCCACGUGACUCGCCUCCUGCUUUCCCAUC